GUUUGAUGUGUAGUCUACUCUCGUGGAACAAUGCAAUAUUUCGCCAAUUAACCCAACGAUCAACAUGCGCUCUUCUUCCAUCACUGCAGGUUUGUGGCCAGCACUGACGCGCAUUGGUUCCUCGUCAGUCUGGAGUCCUCCUGGAGCUCUUCCGGGUUUGGAAAGCCCACAUUUCCUCCUGGCGACACACAUUCCAGAGAAAACAUCCUGGAUAACGGGCCGAGCUGCGUGCGAGUGCAAACCAACAAACGAAACGGAGCGCUCGAGCUGGAAGACAGAUAGUUCGCGAGGACAUGUUUGACGAGCGACGGUGGGAACCGUGGGAUAUUUGACAUGUCAGCGCAUCAUUUCCAAACACCAUUCGUCAGCCAGCUGUUGUUCAUAUUUCGAGUUUGUAGACCUUCUAUAUAUUAAUUCUUUUCAAUAUCCAAGACAUUAAGCAAACAGUUUAAAUAGGGUAACAACAUGUGGCUAUAUACUUUGGCCAUUGCUCUCAUUGUCAUUGCGCAUGAGGUGAACGGAGAGUCACAUCCAUCCUCAGCGACGCAGCUCAGUUCAACAUUACCGCCUCAAGAAGAAAACCCAUCAGAUAAUGCAACAGAUGCAGCGGCUGGAUCUCGAAUUUCUACCAUUUUAAGGGAUCUUCCUACCAUCAAAAGUAUUUCGAUUGUCAUAUUUGUAUUAACAACCUUGCUAAUCACGUGCCUCGUCAUAAAACUAUUCAGAUCGACAAAGAAGAUCAGAAAAAUGCGCAAGUAUGACAUCAUCACAACUCCCACCAAGCGUGUUGAGAUGACGCCUUUAAAUGAAGAAUAUUACGAAGAAGACGACUCGAGCCUGUUCGAUGUCAAGUACAGGUGAAUUACAUUCUGCGCUCAGAGUCUUUGUUGAAGAUCUCCUUUAACCCCCCGAAUACCUCUGUGUGAACACAUCUAUACAGGAAUUGUGCUCCUUGCACCUGCGGAUUUGCUUGAAACCUCAGUGGAACAAGACUUUUUACAUGUAUUGAUGUAUUAAUGUGUUAUGGGAUUCCAAACCAUGAAAUCUGAUGGUUUAUUAAAGUUUUCUGUUGAAAGCACAGAAAGGUAAUCCAAGAUUAAGAAAAUAGUAAAAACAAAUUUACUCCAAAGAAGGGAGACACUAAAAUAAGUCCUCCACAAAUUAGUUAUUGCUUUAAUAAAUGCACAACUUUUAAUAUAUUUGCCCAAAAACAUUCCACUUGUUUGGUAGAAAUCUGUAAUUCAGCAUAAUAUAUUCAAUAUUGCCUUUGAAUGUAUUAGACAUCUUGAACGUUUCUGUUACAGUAUAUCACACUGAAGCUAUUUUAAGUUAUAUAUAUAUAUA